UAUCUUAUCUCCGCUUUCGUAACCAUUCGCAAUUUCUUAAAAAAAACAUAGGAGAUUAGCGUUUCCUGCUGGGAAGGAAGAAAUCAAGAAAUGGCGGAAGGCGUCCUGUUCGAUUUGGCUGGAGAACUCUUGGGGGGUCUGGCAUCGUUGGCUUGCCAAGAACUUGGUUUGGCUUGGGGAGUCAAAGCAGAAAUCAGCAAGCUCAACAACACUGUUUCCUUGAUCAAAGGUGUGCUUCGUGAUGCGGAGGAGCAACAAAGAAACAACCAUGGAGUGACGGUCUGGCUCGGACAGCUCAAAGAUGUGGUUUACGAUGUGGAUGACUUGCUCGACGAUUUUUCCACUGAAGCUUUGCGGCGAAAGAUAAUGCGCGGGAAUGAAAUGGUGAAAGAGGUACGCAUUUUCUUCUCCAAAUCAAACCAGCUUGCAUAUCGUCUCAAGAUGGGUCAUAGAGUUAAAGACAUUAGAGAGAGGCUAGAUAAUGUUGCAGCUGAUAAGGACAAAUUUGUCUUGAUUAACCGCCCGGUAGAGUCACUACUGGUUGGACUUAAGGAGAGGGAUCAAACUCAUUCCUCUGUGCGUGAAAAAGAAAUAAUUGGAAGAGACGAUGAUAAAAAGAAAAUUGUAAAACUGCUGCUACAAUCCGAACUUGAAGAAAAUGUUUCAAUUGUUCCCAUAAUAGGGAUUGGAGGAUUAGGAAAGACCACAUUAGCUAAAAUGGUGUUCAACGACGAAAACGUCGGGAAACAUUUCCAGCUAAAAAUGUGGGUUUGUGUCUCAGAGAAGUUUGAGAUAAAAGUCAUUGUGGAAAAAAUCAUUGAGGCUGCAACUAAAAAAAAACCUGUAAGGGACCUCCAGAUGGAAACACUGCAAGAUAUUCUUCGAGAAAACAUUAAUGGAAAGAAGUACUUGCUAGUCCUUGAUGAUGUAUGGAAUGAGGACCGUGAAAAGUGGCUCGAUUUGAGAAAUUUGCUAUUAGAUGGUGCAAGGGGAAGCUGGAUUGUUAUCACUACUCGUAAUAGGGGGGUUGCAGAAAUCACAGGUACAGUUUCGCCACAUGAGCUUGAAGGAUUGUCAAAAGGCCAAUCAUGGUCACUGCUAAAGCAAAUGGCAUUUAAAGAACAAAGCCACGAAUCCAAUAGUUCACACUUUGAAGCAAUUGGGAUGGAGAUUGUAGAGAAGUGUAAAGGGGUCCCUCUUGCCUUAAGGGCGAUAGGAAGUGUACUAUUUAAAAGAACAGAAGCGGAAUGGUUAAAGGUGAAGAAUAAUAUUGUUAGGUAUAUAACUCGAACAGAAAGUAGCAUUAUGCCAAUUUUAAAGUUGAGUUAUGAUCAUCUUCCACCGCAUUUGAGGCAAUGUUUUGCUUAUUGCUCUUUAAUUCCGAAGGACAUGGUGGUUGAGGUGAAAUUUUGGAUCUUACUUUGGAUGCACCAAGGGUUUCUCCAGCCACAAAGCGGAGACGAAGAUCUAGAAGAUGUUGGGCUUGAGUAUUUCAUGAAUUUACUUUGGAGAUCUUUUUUUGAAGUUGCAGAAGAAGAUGAUUCAGGAAAUGUGGAGAGUUUCACAAUGCAUGAUCUAAUGCAUGAUCUUGCAUGCUUUGUUGCUGGGACUGAGUGCUGCAUUGCAGGUCUAGAAGCAGAAAAUGUAGAUGAAAGAACUCGCCAUGUGAUUUUUGAAGAUAAGGCAGAUGCUUCUUGGAAAAUUCCAAGCACUUUGCUUAAAGCAAAUAGACUAAGGACAAUAUCUCUCCCGGAAGGCAGCUUGAAUCAAUCCAAUUGCAAUGCACUGAUUUCUAAUUUUAGGUACCUACGCUUUUUGAAUUUGAGUGACCCAGGUAUUGAGAGGUUACCGCAUUCCAUAGGCAAAUUGAAACAUUUAAGGGGUCUUUAUCUUACUGGAAAUGAAAAUAUUAAAAAACUGCCUAGUUCGUUGUGUAGGCUACAGAAUUUGCAAACAUUACGUCUUUCUGGUUGCUCCAAUCUUGCAAAAUUGCCGAGGAAAACAAGAAGGUUAGUUAGCCUCAGAUAUCUAUCUAUUGAUGGUUGUGAUAGUUUGGCUUACAUGCCACGUGGACUGGGCCAACUAACUUGUCUACGAACGUUAAAUGAGUUUAUUGUGGGAAAGAGAGGCAAGGGUGUUGGUGAGUUAAGGGAAUUGAAUGGACUGAAAAACCUCGAAGGAAAAAUACGUAUUUCUUCUUUAAAAAAUGCUAUUCCAGAGCCUGGACCUUCUCACUUGAAAGAAAAAUUGAAUUUGAAACACUUGAAAUUGAGCUGGAGUGAUGAGGAGGAGGAUGCAAGUAAUGAGAAGUCUGAAUUGGUUUUUGAACGCCUCCAACCACACCCAAAUCUUAAGAAGCUUCGGGUGAACGGGUAUCCAGGAAGCAAGAUUUCAAGCUGGCUGUCUUCCAUCACCAAUUUAACUCAACUAAUUUUAGAAGAUUGUGUUGAAUGCAAGCAUCUGCCACCAUUGCAUCAGCUCUCUUCCCUCAAAAUUCUUAAGCUUUUAGAAUUAAAAGCUUUGGAGAAUGUGUCAGAGAUUGAAAUGCAAAAGGAGUUGUCUUCUUCAAAAUCAACAAAAUUUUUUCCAUCCUUAGAGAAACUCCAACUAGAAUAUUGUCCAAAUCUUAAGGGAUGGUGGAGGGGUAAUGAUGAUGAAGCUUCAAAUGCACAGCUGCCUUGCUUUCCUUGCCUUUCAGAUUUGGCAAUACGACGGUGCCCUAAUCUAACCUCUAUGCCGCUGUUUCCUUCUGUUCGGGAGCUGCGUUUGAAAGAAACCAGCUGGAAGCAACUCCAAGAGACAAUGAAAUUGAAGAUGACAACAUCAGAAGAACCAUCAUCUUCUUCGUCUUCUUCACUUUUCCCUCCUUUCUCCAAAUUGACAGAAUUGAGGCUUGAAGAGAUGGAAGAUCUGGAUUCUCUGCCAGAGGAGUUCCUGCAAAACCUAACUUCUCUUCGAUUUCUGAGCAUUAGAAAUUGCAGUAACUUGACAUCAAUGCCAAAGGGGAUGCGCUUUCUCACCUCUUUACAACGAUUGCAGAUUGACGAUUGUCCCCAGCUAUGGGAAAGAUGCCAAAGGGAUAUUGGUGUGGACUGGCCAAAUAUUGCUCACAUUGGAGAUAUUUGGAUUGGUUGGCAUGUGAUUUGA